AUGCUUAAAAUUUUCAGAUAGGCUAAUUUAUUUAAGCCUUAAUUCAUGAGAAGAUAUGAUUAGGCUAAUUCUCCUUUGCAUAUAGCUAUUGGAGAUACAUCUGAAUUGAGAACAAAACUAUUUCCAGAGAAGAGGAGAAUUCCAGGAAGAAAAGGCAAAAUAAUCUUAGCAAUAGGUGUUUUAUUCUAAGUUUGGGGCAUAAUGCAUAUAGUGGAAGUGAGAAGACAAUUCAAGUAUAAUUGAAUAGUUAAAUAAAUUAGACGCAAAGAAUUAGAAUUGAAAAAAAUGCAAAGGAAAUCUUUACCAUUUUAUUAAGCCAUGCAAGAUAUCAGAUAUUUAGCUGCAGAAGAUAAAAGAAAUAUAUUGAUUGAAGAAUUGUUUGCUGAACAUGGAUCUGAUUAUAUUAAGUAGAUUACAGAUAUCUAUUUCUAAAAAGAUGUGUGGUAUGAUUAUCAAUUAAGAACAUAGGGUUCCAUUUAAGAAGAGAGCUGCUCAUCAAUAUACUAGAGCAACCAAAGAUCCUUAUCCAUAUUUCGAUAUUCCAGGAUCACGUUUCUUACAUGGUUACGACGUAUACAACAUUUGAUUUAAAUCAUAAAUAUUAAAUAAAUAAAC